CCCGCACCGCGCCUCGAGGCCGGAAGCGCGCGCGCUCCGGCGUUCCCGGCGGUCUGCGAAGUUCCCGGGCCCCGGUCCUGCCGCGGGGUCGCGCUUGUGCUCGCGCUCGUUCCUGGAGUCGGCGGCCGCUGCGCGCGCUCGUUACCCAACCGGUCCCCGCCCCCAGACACGCGGGCUCUUCGGGCACCACAGCCAUGUGCUCGUUGGCGUCGGGCGCUACCGGCGGCCGGGGCGCUGUGGAGGAUGAGGAGGACCUGCCAGAACUGUCGGACAGCGGGGACGAGGCCGCCUGGGAGGAUGAGGACGACGCUGAUCUCCCCCACGACAAGCAGCAGACCCCCUGCCUGUUCUGUAACAGGUUAUUCAUAUCUGCUGAAGAAACAUUUUCACACUGUAAGUCUGAGCAUCAAUUUAAUAUUGACAGCAUGGUUCAUAAACAUGGACUUGAAUUUUAUGGAUACAUUAAGCUAAUAAAUUUUAUUAGACUUAAGAAUCCUACAGUUGAGUAUAUGAAUUCCAUAUACAACCCAGUGCCUUGGGAGGAAGAAGAGUAUUUGAAGCCGGUAUUAGAAGAUGACCUUUUACUUCAAUUUGAUGUAGAAGAUCUUUAUGAACCGGUGUCAGUACCCUUCUCAUACCCCAGUGGACUCAGUGAAAAUACAUCUGUUCUUGAAAAAUUGAAACAUAUGGAAGCCAGGGCACUGUCUGCUGAAGCCGCCUUAGCUAGAGCACGUGAGGAUCUGCAAAAAAUGAAACAAUUUGCUCAGGAUUUUGUGAUGAACGCAGAUGUCAGAACCUGCUCGUCAUCUACUAGUGCCAUUGCGGACCUCCAGGAGGAUGAGGAUUGUGUUUAUUUCAGCUCAUACGGGCAUUAUGGGAUACAUGAAGAAAUGCUAAAGGACAAAAUACGAACAGAAAGCUACCGAGAUUUCAUAUACCAAAAUCCACAUAUCUUCAAAGACAAGGUGGUUUUGGAUGUUGGGUGUGGAACUGGAAUUCUCUCUAUGUUUGCUGCUAAAGCCGGGGCGAAGAAGGUUCUGGGAGUUGAUCAAUCUGAAAUACUUUACCAGGCAAUGGAUAUUAUAAGACUAAAUCAACUUGAAGAUACUAUUACACUAAUUAAAGGAAAGAUCGAAGAAGUUCAUCUUCCUGUAGAAAAAGUGGAUGUUAUUAUAUCUGAGUGGAUGGGCUACUUUCUUCUGUUUGAGUCUAUGUUAGAUUCUGUCCUUUAUGCAAAGAACAGAUACUUGGCAAAAGGAGGCUCAGUCUACCCUGACAUUUGCACUAUCAGCCUUGUAGCAGUGAGUGAUGUGAACAAACAUGCUGAGAGAAUUGCUUUUUGGGAUGAUGUCUAUGGCUUCAAGAUGUCCUGCAUGAAGAAAGCUGUUAUUCCAGAAGCGGUUGUGGAAGUUUUAGAUCCACAGACUGUCAUUUCAGAACCUUGUGGUAUUAAGUAUAUAGAUUGCCAUACAACGUCUAUCUCAGAUUUGGAGUUUUCAUCAGAUUUUACCCUGAAAAUUACAAAGACAUCCAUGUGCACGGCAAUUGCUGGCUACUUUGAUAUAUAUUUUGAGAAGAAUUGCCACAACAGGGUUGUGUUCUCUACGGGCCCUCAGAGCACCAAAACACACUGGAAACAAACAGUAUUUCUACUGGAAAAGCCAUUUGCAGUUAAAGCAGGGGAAACCUUAAAAGGAAAGGUCACAGUUCACAAGAAUAAGAAAGAUCCACGUUCUCUCACCGUGACCCUCACAUUGAAUAAUUCGACUCAAACUUACGGUCUGCAGUGAAAAAGCCAUAAAAGCACACUACCUUGCAGUUUUUAAUGUGGGGGUAGAGUGGGUCAGCAGGAGGGAGCAGGUUUUAUGUGAGCAGAUGGAUGGAUGAUGGACCCUUUUCUAAUGAGCCUCAAUAAGAAAGAGAUUCUUACUGUGAAGAUCUGACGUAGUUCAGCUGAGGAAGGGAAUCAGCUGAUCCUCGCCGUCUGCCACGUAAUCAUUUGCUUAGAAGUUGGCUCGGCCAGAUUUAACCAAAUGUAACUCCCACAAAAUUGAGUUUAUCUAUAUUGCAAAUCAGUUAUAUUGGCCUAUAUUUGGAACAGUGAUAAUCUUUUGUUUUUAAUAAGUUCUUGCCGGGCGCGGUGGCUCAAGCCUG